AUGGAAUGUGAAAAUCAAACAACACUGAUGAAUUUUGUCCUGUUAGGGGUUCCGUACCCUCCAGAGUUACAUGUCCCUUUGUUUUUGUUUUUCGUGUGCAUCUAUUUGCUGACCCUCCUUAGUAAUCUCCUGGUUCUUUUGGCUGUUGUGUAUGAACCACAGCUACACAAACCCAUGUAUUGGUUCCUCUGUCAUUUGUCUGUCUUGGAUAUUGCCACUUCAACUGUGGUGGUGCCCAAAUUGAUUGCAACUUUUUGGGAAGGCGGAGGCAUCAUCUCUUUUGCAGGUUGUGUCAACCAACUCUUCUUCUACCACUUUGUGGGAUGCGCAGAAUGUUUCUUGUACACCGUUAUGGCUUAUGACCGUUUCCUGGCCAUCUGUCGCCCACUCCAUUAUGGCACCAUCAUGAACAGCAAGACAUGUCUGUGGCUUGUUACGGGUUCCUGGAUUGGUGGCUGUUUGCACUCAGCCAUGGAGACAGCCCUCACCUUCCAUUUGUCUUAUGGACCAGAUAACAAAGUGAACUACAUCUUUUGUGACAUUCCAGCUGUGCUGAAGCUUGCCUGUGCUGACACAUCACUCAACGAGAUGGUGACCUUUGUUGAUGUUGGAAUUGUAGCCAUGACUUGCUUCCUCCUCAUCCUGACUUCUUAUGUGUACAUUGUUUCAGCCAUUCUGAGAAUCCGCAGUGCCGAAGGGAGACAGCGUGCCUUUUCCACUUGCACGUCCCAUGUCAUCAUUGUUAUGAUCUGUUAUAUUCCACUCUCUUUUAACUAUCUUAGACCUGGGGCACAGGAUCCAUUGGGAGGAGUGGUAGCUGUCUUUUAUACCACGGUAAUCCCUUUUUUGAACCCAUUAAUAUACACUCUGAGAAACAAGGAGAUGAAAGUUGCAAUAUUGAGAUUAAAUCGCAGGAAAGCUUAA